AUGGUUGGGAUGAAUGAGCCGUGUAUAAGCUCGGAACCAUAUUUGAAUAAGAAAUUUUCCGAAUUUAUUUGCGAAGGAAAGGUCAAAAUUCACAAAAUGAAUGAUGACGUAUUUUACAAUCCUGCUCAGGUGUUUAAUAGGGAUCUUUCUCUAAUUGCAAUAAAGUCAUUUUUAGCCUUAAGACGAAAGAAUUUGAACGAAAAAUACUUUAAAAGACUCAAGUUUGCCAUUAAGAAUGAUGGUGAUAAGAGUAAUGAACAAAACAACAAUACCUGUAGCAGCAAUAUAAAUGGUAAUGCUGACCUGAUAUCCGGAAAAAAUGGCAGUUCUAGAUUCCCAAUUACAGUCUUAGAACCCCUUGGUGCAUCUGGGCUCAGAUCUAUAAGGUAUAUUAAGGAGUUAGCAACUGAAAUAGAUCAUGUAGUAUGCGGCGAUAUUGAUCCGGUAGCUGUUGAACGUAUGCAACAAAACUUUGAAUUAAAUUCUAUUCCUCCAGAAAAAUACUCUUGUAUCUGUGCAGAUGCCAGAAAGCUCCUUUCUCUUUCAACACCAAGUCUAAUAAGGCAAAUUAAAUCUCCAAACCAGCUUUCUGUUGAAAAUAUAAUAAAUUCUUUACUUGGAGGUGGGAAAAAAAUCUCAAGCUCAUCUGACCCAGUAAAUUCUGGAUUUACUAUUGUUGAUAUUGACCCAUAUGGAACUUGCGCGCCUUUUAUUGAUGGAACAGUGCAUGCAUGUGAAGAAGAAGGGCUUGCAUGCUUUACUGCUACUGAUAUGCCGGUAUUAUGUGGAAAUGUCCCGGAAGUUACAUUUUACAAAUAUGGAGGAAAUGCAUUGAAAAAAAGUUAUGGACAUGAGAUGUCAUUGAGACUAUUAUUAAAUACAAUAAUUACUACCGCAGCAAAGUACCAAAAAAGUAUAAUUCCACUAUUAAGUGUCAGCGUAGACUUCUAUGUCCGAGUUUUCGUUAAGGUGAAAACAAGUGCAAUCCGUUGUAAGGAUAUUUCUAGUACGACAGGAUUCGUACUUCAAUGCACGAAUUGUCCUAGUUUUCACGUUAUUAACUUUGGAGAUAAAGUAACUAGUAAUAAGAAAAGAUUAAGAGAAACAAAGAAAAGUCAAAAAAGAAAUAGAUCUGAACAAUUGACUGGUGAUUUUGGCCAUGAAGACGAAAAACCACAUCUUAAUACAUCGGAAAACGAAGAGUCUAGAGAAAAUAAUUUUCAAGAUAAAAAAGCUCAGAACUACAAUAAAUUUAAGUAUAAGGCAGGCCAGCUCAAUAUAAAUUUAUAUAAAGAUAGUCUUGAAGAUUUAAAAUGUAAGGAAUGCUCUUCUGGAAAAUAUUGUAUAGGUGGCCCAAUAUAUACAGGAAAUCUUUGUGAUGACGAUUUUCUGGUAGAAAUGUUAAAUGAAUGCAAAAAAAUAGAAGAAUUCUCUAUAAAUAAUUGCAAUCAUUCUGAUAAUAAUACUGAGGAUAUAAGUGCUGAUCAUGAUAUAUUGGAUGGAGUUACCAUGAAUAAGAAAAUUAAGGGAUUAUUAACUGCAAUAAGGGAUGAACUUAAAGAUUGUGUAUUACAUUAUCAUAUUCCUUCUCUUUGUAACUUUCUUGGCAUUGAGAUGAUCAGACCAUUGCUAUUUCACUCCGCACUAAGACAUUUAGGAUAUAAAUCUUCCCACUUUCAUAGAGAUCCUCUUUCCCUCAAAACUAAUGCCCCAAAUAAGGUUGUAAUGGAUAUCUUGAGAUCUUGGGCACUUUUAAAUCCAUCAAAAAAUAAAAAAAAUAAUAGUUUUCUUGAUGUUCAAGUAACUACCGAAGGUAUUAAAUUCGAUAUCCAUCCAGAUGUAUUAUUGGAAUCUAAAGCAAGUUACGGCCCUAGAUGGCUUCCUAACCCUGAAGCAAACUGGGGCCCAAUUUCAAGGCCAAAAAAUGCUGGCCAAAAUUAA